UAAAUGAUUAGUGACUUAACGGAAUGCUGAUGGAGAAGAUCUUCUCAUUUGCAGUCGCGGCUCUAACCGUGUGUCAAGUGCAAGGACAGUGUCGAUUUAACUUUAACAAUGUUCGCUCUUCCAAUGGGGUCUUUACGUAUCUGGAUCACGGUGCACUUUAUCCGCAAAUUUCUUCUGUUGUGGCCAGAGGCGUUGCUUUAACCAUGCACUGUGGAGGCGGAGAAAGCCAUAGAACACUUUGCACAAGGAACGACAGAUUCCAUCCAGCACUGCCCUUCCGCUGCACUGCUCAAGCUCCGGAAAGCGAGGUUAGAUUGUACGAGGGCGAUAGGUCGCUUUAUAGCGAUUGUCCGGCCACAACUCUAUAGGCCAUACGAUCAACAGGCAAUUUGUAAAGUUGUACGACGCUUGUUACGAUACGAAGAGUUUAAGGGCUCACUUCACUCAGGCCACUAUCUAUCCCAAGA